AUGGCUAACAACCGCAUGACUUACCUACGAACCGUCUUCAUCGUUUUCUUUCUCCUCAUGGCUCAAUUGACGUUCGCGGAACGCGUCCGUGUCAUGCGCCGCGACGCUAUGAUGAAGGCUCCCUUCAAGCGCGACCUGCCGGGACCCAAUGCUAACAUUGGUCGGGAUCUGAAGACCAACGCUGCCCGCAUGGCUGCUGGAUUGCCUCCUCUCGCACCGAGGUCGCUUUAUCCGUCGCCUACUAAAGGCAUGUUUGGAUCACAGUGGUCGGCACUGAAGGCUGAUUGUCUACUCACCUAUUUUAGACCGCCGAACCCCCAAACCAUCUGGCAAGGGACUCCCUCGUCAGGAAUUGACCCUAAGUUUGAGAAUCACUUUGCAGCGUUAGAAAACCGCGCAGUGCGAUGUAGCGCGCGCCCAGAGAGCAUAGUAAAGAAGGAGAUGACCAGCGGAAAUUUCGAACGCUGCCAGAGUGACGAUUUCCUGUGUUUUGCAUAUUGUUUUGCACAACAAUUUUUUCGUGAGCACUAUUUGGUUGUGUUGCGACGUGACAUUUUUGGUCCCGAAAGAUCUGGUGUCUGGAAUCUGGCCCAUUCCUCAAAGAAUCUGAACACACACUGUUACACUAUCAUCAUGGCACCUUGGCAAGGAGUGUUCUGGACACGGAAAAACGAAGACGACGCCAUCAUGGCAGCUUCGAGAGGCUCACUCAAUCCCUUCCCCCCUCCAAGCUAUUCCAUGAAUGCGGGGGUACCUCCACGAGGGGCGAUCGACGCAGCAGGGCCAGCAGACGAGACACCCACCAGUAACGGCACCCGCCAACGGCCCUCAAACCACGAGAACUUUGACCGACUCCUUAGGAUGCAGGAAGCUGCUACACCUCCCCCAAGCUCAGCCUCCCCAAUCAGCCCAAACACGUUCAUGAUGACUCCGACAAGUCUGACAGACGUCUCCCUGUCUCACUUAGAAGCUGGACCAGCAGACAUAGGGGACGCCCAAGAGUUUGACCGAGAGGCGCCGCGGUACCAGCAAGGAUCUAUGGUUGUUCGACCUCACAACGCGACGAAUUACAUCUCCCUAGUAAGGAUGUCCACAACCAACAGGCGGAUUUUCUCCUUCUUUGGCAACAGCACAUCCAUAAAAGACACUUUUUGCAUCGACCCUCAUUUGAAUAUUCCUGGCUCCGUGCUGGCAGCUGUGACGGGGGAGACAGGCGAAGCUGCGCGUCGUGCCGAUCGAAGGCGGAAGAAUGUCAAGUUGGAAAUUGAGAACGGCACCAUGGAUGUUGUUCUGCACCUUGUAGCUGAUAACGAUUCAAUCUCAUCGUAUCGAAGACGAAUGGCGUCGUCUGCGAAUUUGAAUGCGAGAUUGGCGGAGAAGCCGAAGCGCCAGACAAAGUUGAAUAUCAAAGUCACCACCAGGAAGAGCACGCGGUUCAAGGCUUACCCACUCAAAGCUCGCCUUCAUGCUCCUAACCCGCGCCCACCCAUCCAUCUGACUUGCACAACAAACUCUCCAGGGGAUCCAGGAAUUCCUAGCACCGCCUCCCCCGUGACCCUCUUCCUCCCGCGCAACUUCCGUGGUCCUCUUAGACUACGAAUCACUGCGGGCAACAUCGACCGCCACCUCUACCUUUCCCCAAGCGUGUUGAGCGCGGCAGUACCACUAGACGAGGACGCCAUAAACCGAGGAUACUUCAUUGGGCCGUUGCAUGAGGAUGGGGAAGUGGAGGAGGAUGAUAAUGAGCUACGUUCCGGGAAUCUGAACGAUUGGAAAGGGGAUCGGGUGGAGAUCAAUGUGGAGGAUGGCAAUGUGCGAAUACUCUAUGAAGAUGAGCAGUUGGGCUGGUUUGAGAAUCUGAAAAGUAAUGGGUGGAUGUGGCCGAGGGAAUGGAGCUGAAUAUAGAAUGAGGAAGGCGGACAAAAUGAUUCUUGGCGGAGGUCGACUAUGGACAUUACAUUACACAGCAUUCAACGG